CAUUCGGAAGAGAAAGUUGGUGACUGAAAUUUCGUAAAAAGGUCUCCGACAGCCAUCAGGACAAUGAAGAAAGUGUAGUAGCUCCAGUGUGUGCAGAUGAAGAAUGUGAUUCGUGCAACAAAUGUGAUGAUGUAAACACAGCCCAGGACAGUUUUCCACUAAAUUUAGGGGAAAAUGAAGCUUCUACAUCCAACAUGCCUUCUGAUGUUCCAAAUUCUAGAUGUCUAAGAUUAACAACCAGGACAACGUUUGCUUCCCCUGGAAGUCAGUCAGAAACUGAUACUGGGCAACGUAAUGAAGGAAAAGAAACAGCAAAAGAUGGGACUGUGUGGAAUAUUGUACCAGUGGGUUCUAAUGCAGGUUGUCUACAAAGUCAUAGCAUUUUGCGGGAAAGAUCAGGACCAACAUCACGUGCUAAAAGGAAAACUCAAAGUGAGAAACUUCUUAGUGCUUGGGAGUUAAUUUUCAGUGCUUCCAUGAUGCGCCACAUGAAGCACUGUACUGAAGCUGAGGCUCGUCGUCGAACACAAGACAAUUCCUGGACAGUAGUCACUGAAGAACUGGGUGCUUUUAUCGCCAUAAUGUAUGCAGGAGGAGUGUAUGGGGCAAAGAAUUUUCCUCUCAAAAGCCUAUGGUCAACAGUAUUGGGUCCUCAGUUUUUCAGACAUACUACGGGACCGAAAUAAUGAAGUAUACAAGGUUUGACACCAAGCCCACUAGAUCUGAAUGCCUCAAGGCUGACAAAUUCGCUCUUGUCUCAGAUAAUGAAAUAAUGCAAUUCUACAAUGAAACAAAAUUUGGGGUCAAUGUUGUAGAUCAAAUGACAAGGAUGUAGUCCACAAAGGCCGGUACAAGAUGUUGGCCAAUGCAUGUAUUUUCCAACAUUCGUGAUUUGGCUGCCAUAAAUUCCUAGGUGUUGUAUAAGGAAGUGAUUGGUACGUGACUUAGCAGGCAGAAGUAUAUUUUCGAUUUGUGUGAAGAGCUUUGAGUGCAGUAUAUAUCACCAAGACAUAAAGAGCCAGACCAGAAUCAUGCAGACACUAAAGGCGGACUACAGAGGGUAACUGAGAGAGAGAAGUGUAAAAUUUGUACCUCAUGUAAAGGAAACCAUACUGCUACUGUUUGUUCAGGUUGUGAGAAAGCAGUAUGUGGCAAAUGUGAGAAGAGAAGACACGUGUGGUGUGACAAGUGUAGCAGUAAACAGCAGUGAACUACAGUGGAGAGUGUGUGUGUGU